AACUACUCUUCGAGUUUGAAUUUUUUUUCUUGCCACUGAUUUUUUUCUAUACUUACAAUGAGAAGCUUAUUUGCGUAUUUUCUAAUUGUUGCAUUGAUCGAUAGAGCAUUUACAGAAACCGCGGAGCUGGAUUGUUCUGAUACUUCGACUUCAAUAAUAGGCCAAGUUUUUCAUUAUUUUAAAAGUGAUACCGGCCACUAUGUAGACGCAAAGUUUUUUCUCUCAACAAAGUCUGCGAAAACCCAGGUAUAUUUUGAUGUGAACGACUGGUCAGGCAUUGAAUCAGCUGGUUUUGACCCCUUCAAAAAAACUGUUUUCAUCAUUCAUGGAUACGCGUCUAAUGGUAAAAAGCCCUGGGUAACAGAAAUGACACAUUCAAUUCUGUAUCAUAUGGAUGUAAACGUAAUAGCGGUUGAUUGGAGUAAUAGCAGUAGUAGCUGGAAUUAUGUAAACACGGCUCGGCAUACGCAACGUGCAAGUCGCAAAAUUUUCGAAUUUUUGCAGACUAUAAAAUCCCACAAAGGUGCAGUGGUGAAAGGUCAUAAGUGGAAUAUUUUAUACUUUAUUGGGCACAGUCUUGGUUCUCAUAUAAGCGGACAAACGGCCCACUUAUUGAAACAAGAUAGUUUUUGGAAAGUAGAAAGGAUUACGGGAUUAGAUCCAGCUCAGCCGUGCUUUAUAAAUGUCGAUUCAAGUUUAAAAAUCGACAAAGCACACGCUGAUUUCGUCGAUAUUAUUCACACACAAGGUGGAAAAAGAGACAACAAUGAAGCUUUUGGGUUAAACGCAGUAUUGGGUCAUGUUGAUUUCUAUGUUAAUGGCGGUUUAUUGCAGCCAGCGUGUUCAGAUACAUAUAUAACCUUAAACGCAAUGAUUUGUAGUCAUAAAAUUGCAACUGAAUAUUUCAUUGAAACUAUUGAUAAUGAAAUGAUGAAUCUUUGCACCUUUGACAGUUCUGCCUGGGAUGGCACAUAUGCGGAUGCAGAAAGACUCUUGGAAUUGAAAAAAAAGGGUGAAAUAUGUCAGAAAUGUCCUAAAAUGGGCAUUGAAGCUUCCAAAAGUUCCGCCAGAGGGAAAUUCAUAGUAUUCACAUCAUCGUCACUUCUGUAUUGUAAAUUUAAUUUAGUCGAUUAUGAUAAGAUAAAGAAAGUUUUGGAGAAUUUACAGGCAAAUAAAUAGUAAAUAUUUUAUGCAGAGGCAAUGUGCUAUGAGAUGUAUGUACAACAUACUAUAGGCAAUUGAAAUUAAAAUAAACUUUUAAAUACAUUGAAAGUAAAAUUAUUAGAAUGAAAAUUAAUAAUGACAUAUACUCCUUGAAUGAAUUUUACUUUAUGAAAUAAUAAUAAUGAUGUAUACUCCUUGAA